AUGUCUGCCCCCGAUUCUCCUACCAAAGUCCUGCUAGUCGGCGCCGGUGCGCUGGGCAGCGUCUACGCUUGGCGCCUGGACGUCAGCAGCAAGAUCCAGGUCACGACUGUGUGCCGGUCAAACUACGAGACCGUCAAGGAAAACGGCUUCCACAUCAUCUCGCAUGCAUUUGGUGACGAGGUCUACCGCCCGCACAGGGUUGUGCGCACUAUCGACGAGGCUGUUGCCGACGGAGACGUUUACGACUUUGUCAUUGUGUGCACCAAGGCGCUGCCGAACCUAGGCGAUACCUCGUCCAUCAUUGCACCGGCGGUUCGGGACCCGCGCACGAUCAUCAUGCUGAUUCAGAACGGCAUUGGGAUUGAGGAUCCGUAUGCUGCGCGGUACCCGAACAACCCCAUCGUCAGCACCAUCGCCUACAUCGAUGCCAGCCAGCCCACCGAUGGCACGAUCGACCAUGGCAACUUUGCUCCAACUUACGACGUGGAUUCGGCAAUGGCUCGUGUCAAGGACCUGUGCCAGGUGUGGGGCGACCACGGGGUCGUGUACAAGUUCUCGGAGGAUAUCCAGAAAGCGCGCUGGGCGAAGCUGAUGUUGGCGAAUCCUGAAUGCAAGGCACUGAUCCGUAGUAUGAUGGUCGAGGUGUACAAGGCUGGCGAGGCAGUGACGGGGGGCAAGCUGCCUGCGCUCAAUGGUCGGUCUGGUCCUGAUCAGGUCAUCGAGGACACAGAGACACGUGCUGUGACCGUCAUCCCGUCGAUGCUAAUGGACUUCCGCGGGAAGCGGCCGAUGGAGCACGCGGUGAUCCUGCGUAAUCCGAUCGAGCUGGCCAAGAAGCACGGCGUCGAGGUUCCGCACCUUGAGACCGUGUACGCUCUGCUGACCAUGGUCGAGAAGGGGUAUCUGCAAUGA